AGGUACUUUUGAUGAAACUUAUGUUUCUCCUUGUACGUUUUUCAAUUUUAAGCAAUACUGAUCGGUCUUUCAUAAUUAAAUGUUUCGAAACAGAUAUAUGAAUGACGUCGAAAAUAUCUAUAAAAUACAUUUUACUGUUCUGAUGGUAAUCAUAAUCAGCUCACUCACUGUUACGAUGCUAAAGGUGUCGAAAUUGGAACCGAGUGCUGAAUUCUAUCAAAGUUUGGCAUUUACAUUGGCUCAAGUGGCUCAUCUACUUGUGUUCGCAAUUCAGGGACAAUUUGUAAUGGACGCUGGCAACGAUAUUUACGAUGCAGUAUGGGAGUCUCUGUGGUAUAAUGGUUCAUGUAAAAUUCAAGCAUUAUACGUACUGAUAUUGAGAAGAAGCUUGAUACCUCCUCAAUUUACUAUCGGUGGGCUGAUAUCGAUGAAUUUAAGAAGUUUCGUAGAGAUUGUGAAAGUGUCCGUUUCCUACCUUACGGUAUUGCAAUCCACGUAAACAUUGAGACAUUCGCAACUAAAUAGAAACAUAGUAAUUGACGAAGUCUUCACAAUGUGUUCAGUUAUAGCGCACGACUCACAUGUUAUUAAAAUUUAAGUGUUGUUGCGUACCCGCACUCCUCGCAAAUAUUACCGAAGUGGUACACGUUCUACCACAGUCUCAGUGACGUGGUAAAUAAAUGUGGAGAUACACUUGUUAAAAAUCAACAAUUUCUUCAUUUGCAAAGAGGUUUCUGCAACGAGAUGUUGCACAUUCGACGGUAAAUUUGUAUCUGUUUGCUCGCUAGAAAAACAUCGCCCUCGAGGACUCGAAGGUGGUGAAAAAAUUGUCGGGUGUAAGUGGUAAUUUGCAAGUUAUUGGCUAAAAUAUUCGGAUACAGGGUCGAAGGAGUCAGCUGAAGAAGAAAACGGUAAUUCUAAAGUUUUGGGGCCUGGCAAGCCGAGGAAAAAUAUUACCGGUAAAAGUGGUAAAAGUGACCGCGAUGCAUGUGGUCGCCAAAUGUCUGAUAAACCUAAACGCUUACAAUUUGCGAACGCGCAUUAAUGACUGUGCCAACCAUAAUACCUUUAACUGUCGACGCUGUAGAAUAUAAUCACCAUAAAAACCUUUGAAAAAGUAACAAAACUAGGCCAAGUACCUAGACGACUUUUAGAUCUGUACCACUAAAACUUACGAAUAAAUUGUAGUUUUCGAAGAAUACGCGUACGUAACAGAGUGUGCAUUUUGA